AUGGAGGGAGAUCCCGAAAUGGAAAGCCUUUUGGCCCAGAGACAGGCCCUUUUGGAUCAGAUGAAGGCCCAGGGCUUGGAGCCGGCCAGCAAGAAGGAUGGUCCGUCACGUGGCACCUCCUGGCACUCCUCCCAGACGGGUUCCCAGCAGCAGUUCCCCUCUUUGCCACCGCCUGACACCCCAAGCGAGCAAACUUCGCCUGUCCGCCAAACCUUCCCUGACACAGUGCAGGACUCGGCCCCCGAGACCCAGCAGCCACAAAGCCAGACCGGCCAGCCUGUUCAAAUCAAGAAGCCUGAAGAAAGCCAGGCCAGCCAGAGCCAGUCCCUUGAAAGCAAAAAGCCCGCAGAAAGCCAGGCCAGCCAGAGCCAGUCCUUUGAAAGCAAAAAGCCCGCAGAAAGCCAGGCCGCCCAGAGCCAGUCCCUUGAGAGCAAAAAACCCGCAGAAAGCCAGGCCGCCCAGAGCCAGUCCCUUGUGCCCAAUGAAACCAAGACCCCGGAGCAAGCCGCAACUGGCCAGGAUGGCCAGGCAAAAGCCAAAGCCCAGGCCAAACGACUCCUUCCCAACAGCAAAGCCAGGCCAGGCCAGACGAAGGACCAGGAUGAUGAGUAUUGUCUAGGAGAGGAGGAUGAGGCCGUCGCCCCUCCCGCACAGGUGAGCAAAGCCACCCUGAUGAAACGGCUGGCCCGGUUGUGUACGCCAAGGGAGGAUGGGUCGUACAAGAUACCACAGGAUGUUAUCAACACUUACAAGAUCCUCGAAACUAGGGAGCAAGUCUACCGGAGCUUCGAGAAGUGUGGUUGCGUCCUCUUCUCGAAGAGAAUCAACCGAAAGUACGAAGAGAUCAACGAGAAAUCGGUGGAAACCGAGUUCGAUUCCUGA